UCUUAAUCUCUCUUACUCCUUUGCUUUUUCCCCCUCUUUAAUCAUCUAGUAUUCGAAACUCUGUUAUUUUCAUGGCAUCCACAAUCAUUAAAUUUCCAUAUCCAAAUACAAACAUUUCUUCAUUUUCAGGAGAGUUUCUACUUAAGUCAUGUUUAAUCCAAGCAAAUGAGGUGAAAUUAGCAAAUUUGUCUUCAGCAUCAUCUAGAUUGAUACCAAAGGCUUCUAGUUCUACUUUAAUAUCUAUAAAAGAUAAUGGUCAUAAUAUUACUAUGCCCACUACUAUGACUAAAACAUUUAGUCAUAGUAAUACUACUAAUAAUAAAGUGGCUACCAUGUGGAGAGAAAUUCAAGGAUCAAGAAAUUGGGAAAAUUUAGUGAACCCGUUGGAUUCACUUCUCCAAGAGGAGAUUGUUAGAUAUGGAGAAUUUGUGGCUGCAUGUUACAAUGCUUUUGAUCUUGAUCCAAAUUCAAAAAGAUACUUGAAUUGCAAGUACGGAAAAAAUAGUAUGUUGAAUGAAGUUGGCUUGGGAAAAUCAGGCUAUCAAAUAACAAAGUACAUUUAUGCCACCACAGACAUCAAUGUUUUGUCAAUUGGUCAAAAUUGUUCAUCUAGUGGAAGAUGGAUUGGUUAUGUUGCAAUUUCUAGUGAUGAACAAACUAAGAGGCUGGGUAGGAGAGAUGUGCUCAUCACGUUCCGAGGAACGGUCACUAAUCCUGAAUGGAUAGCGAAUUUGAUGAGCACAUUAUCUCCUGCCCGUCUCGAUCCUAAUAAUCCUAGGCAUGAAGUGAAGGUUGAAGCUGGAUUUUUGAGUUUGUACACCUCGAAUGAAGGUGAAAAGUUUGGUCUUGGAAGUUGUCGCGAACAAUUACUUUCUGAAAUAGGGAGAGCAAUAAAUAUGUAUAAAGGCGAGGAAAUGAGCAUAACAGUUGCAGGACACAGCAUGGGAGGUGCAUUAGCCCUUUUGUUGGCUUAUGACAUCGCGGAGUUGGAAUUGAACAAAAAUGUAACAACCACAGCAACAAUGCCAGAAUCCCCAUCAAGUUGUGAUAAGCUAUAUGAAUCAUCUCCACUUUUAGUAUCAGAAAAGAACAGUAUACCUGUCACAGUUUUUUCCUUUGGAGGUCCCAGAGUUGGAAACUCAAGCUUCAAGGAGAGAUGCGAAGAGUUAGGUGUAAAAGUAUUGAGAAUAGUGAAUGCGAAUGACCCCAUCACAAAGCUUCCUGGGGUUUUUCUGAACGAAAAUUUUAGGGUCUUGGCUGGGAAAUAUGAAGUACCGUGGAGUUGCUCAUGUUAUGCUCAUGUCGGAGUUGAAAUAUUGCUAGAUUUCUUCAACAUGCAAAAUCCUUCUUGUGUGCAUGACUUAGGAACCUAUCUCAAUUUGCUCAAAAGUCAUCAUAAGAGCUUGCAAGUUCAAAGAGAAGAAGACAUUCAUUUCUUCAAUAGAGCAAAGGAGUUUUUCCUUUCGGGGCUCAAAAUUUCAAUGCUUUAUAAUGGAGAGAUGUUGCCAUCCAUUUGGUGAAGCUGGCUGAAACUCAAAGGACAUAAGUUGCUUAUCAUUGGUAAAUACUGACUUUUGUAACCUAAAAUGUAGAUGGAAUUAAGUUAUAGCACGGACAAUGUAAUGGAUUUUAAUACCAAUAUCGAUCCAUGUAUUGUAAGAUAUUGUAAUAGGUUACUUAUCAAUUAUUCUAGAUAUUCUUA